GAGCUUGGAGUGAAAUAAAUAAUCAUUCGACUGUACAGUGGUAACAUCUUAGCGAUGUCUCGGUAGCAUCUGUGUAUGGUUAAGUGAACUGUUAGUUGACAAGGCAAUUAUUUUACAUUUUUCAGAUUAAUCUGUUUCAAAAUUAAUUUAUCCUUAUACCAACCGUCGGACUGCAAUUUUUGAACGAGGCACUCAGAUCUCUUUCAGUAAUUGAAUUAGUUGAAGCAGUGGGAGGAGUUUGUGUGUGUGUUUUUUUUUUUUUCGUGAAUCGCCCAUUUUCACAGUUGAAAACCAAUGAGGUUGCGCUGUGUGGGGCAGGAGCCGAACCCACUCACACACUGGGUGAGUGGCUGCCUUUGCUCUAACCUUCUCAUUCCGCCUAACUGAACUGCACAAAGCAGCAAAUGAUCAGCGACUUAUUUCAGUAUAUUGGAUGUUGCAUUGGGAGUACUCGCUUUCAGAUCCAGGAUCUACAACCGGGUGUGCUAUGUUGAAGUAUUUGAAAAUGCUUAUUUGCUUUUCAUGUCAGGAAAGGAUUUUUUUUCCCUCAUCCGUGACAGUUUGAAGGCAACCCCUGACUGAGCACCCAGCUCCUUUAUUCCUCACGAAAAAGGCAUUAAAAACAAAACAACAAAAAAAAAAAAAAAAACAAAAAAAAAAAAAAACAUUUUGAAUCAGCGCUUGGGGGUUCAUCUUAAAGUUGAAAAAAAUACUUCAGAAACAGUGGACUUAAAAUGCAAAAUAUGAUCUGAAAAAAAUCUACUUCUAAUCUAUUUCGAGAUUUUUUUACUUAUUUGCCCUGGUUACUGGUGGUUUGCGUUUUACAAUGACUGGCUUUGUCCUAUCUGUAUGAAGACCUGGAAACACAAGGAGUUUUGUAACACUGUGGAUAUUAUAAAUACAUAUUCACGUUUGGCUUGCUUUGCCUGGAUCAGCCUGCACGGUACAUUUUCAGUUUGUUUGGAGCGGUCCUGACUGAUAAGCAUUGCAUACAAACUGGCACUGUCCAAAACUGAUGCAGCUGCUGACAAUAACACACAAACUCAACGCGAACAUCAUAAAAAAGGAUCCUCUGCUGGAAGCACCAUAUUGACUUAAUUAACGUUAUAAACUACGUGAGCCGAUAAACACUUGCUUUUUCUUCGAUUUAAUCUAACUUUUACUGUCGGAUCUGUGACUCUUGCAGUUAGUCAAUCCAGUUGCAUUGCAUGUGAUCGGCACGGCUGCAAUAAAGGGUAUUCACUCAGCGUCAGUACGCUCGUAUUUUAACUGUAUAUUUCCAGAUACUGACACAUAACAAACAUUGCUGCAUUUUCUAAAACGUCAGGCCCACUGAUGUAAAUUAGAUUUAUUUCUCCGAUAAAAAGUUGUUCCUGAGACGAACACAGCUUUAUAAAAAACAUUUUCGAAGAGGAUUGCGUGCCGGACUUUAGUAGUGAUGUUGCAUGUGGAGAUGCUGAUGUUCGUUUUUCUGGUCCUGUGGAUGUGUGUAUUUAGCCAGGAUCCCGGCUCCAAGGUAGUGGCUGAUCGCUAUGCCGUCUUCUGGAACAGCACUAACCCCAGGUUCCAAAGAGGGGACUAUCACAUUGACGUGUGUAUAAAUGACUACCUGGAUGUGUUCUGCCCUCAUUACGCCGACUCCAUACCGGAAGACAAGACGGAACGAUACGUGCUUUACAUGGUGAACUACGAUGGCUACAGCACAUGUGACCACACCUCCAAAGGCUUUAAGAGAUGGGAGUGCAACAGGCCUCACUCGCCCAAUGGACCACUCAAGUUCUCUGAAAAAUUCCAGCUCUUUACCCCCUUCUCUUUAGGAUUUGAGUUCCGACCAGGCAGAGAAUAUUAUUAUAUCUCAUCUACAAUUGCAGAGAAUGGAAGGAGAACUUGCCUGAAACUGAAAGUUUUUGUGCGACCAACAAACAGCUGUGUGAAAACUAUAGGUGUUCAUGAUCGUGUUUUCGAUGUUAACGACAAAGUAGAAAAUUCAUUAGAACCAGCAGAUGACACCGUACAUGAGUCAGCUGAGCCAUCCCGCAGAGACAACAGCGCAGCAGAUACGCCAAGGAUACCACACCUACUAUUGGCAUGUGUACUUUUUUUCCUGGCAACGCUGUUGGCAUUAUAGCUCUUCAUGCCCAUGGAAAAAAGCCGGGUCCAGGAUACACUGAGAUUCCCCCUUAACCGCCUGACCUGUCGAGGUGACCUUUUCAAGGGACACUUUUGCAGAUAUUAAAAUUGUCUCUUUCAGUCUGAAAUAAAGAAUUGAAAUUGAAAUUCAAGAAGGAGAGCCAAUCCCCCCCAAACUGUAAACUAAGAUGCCAAAACCUGUUUGACACUUAGUGAUUCUUAUUUUCCUGUGCAUUAAUUUUUGUAAGACCCCCCCCCCCCCCC